AUGGUGACGGUGCCGUGUUUGUUGUUUGUCCAGAGUUGGCUCAUGGCGUGCGUGGUUCACUUGGGCGUGGCCGUCAUUAUAGUGCUGCGGGCGCUGCUCGGCGACGCGGAAGAUGCUGCCGACACCAUCUUUCAGCAUUCGGGCACACUUAUCGGAGCCGAGUUCAUCAUGGCUGCUUGUGUAGGCAUCCUGGUCCGCUUCGUCUACAAUUCCUUCGAACAAAGAGUCGCAGCGCGACUGCGUGAAAACCACGUCUCCUCCCAACUGGAUGCUGCCUCUGGCUUGCUGCAGCUGACCUGCGAGGCGGUGAUGGAGCUGGACGAUGACUUUAGGCUCACAGAGCAUUGCCCCAAACUAGCCGCCAUGCUCUUGCGAGGCGGCUCUUCCACACAAGGCUUGCGGUUCUGCGAAUUCGUUGCAAGAGAUGAAGCAGCGAGAGCAGAAGAGAUUCUUCGGAAGGACUCUGGUUCCCACGACUCCAGCUCCGUUGCCAAGGCGUUUCACACACAUUUGGUAGACAGUUGUGCCAGCAAGUUUCGCACUGAGGUUUUUCAAGUCAAGUACCAACUUCCAAGUGGGCAGAGCCGCCAUCUCAUUGGCCUGCGUGACUUCACAGAUUUGCAAUCGCUGGCUGGAAACAAGGCAGCUGAUGCGAUUCAUGACACGGAUGACAGAGAGCAGCUUGAACUCUACGACGGUCUCAGCAGCUUGCGUGGGCAUUCCGAAUCUGCACCUGAGGUCAGUAUCCAUCCGCAAGCAAGCAACCCUUCUGAGGAUUCCAACAUGGAGUCCGGGAGACAUGGUGGCCGUAGGAUUGUGGAGCAAGCGGUUGCGCUGCGGAGCAGGAAUAUUUUCCUGGAUUUGGAUGUUCAAGCCAUGCAGGUAUGUGCUGCUUCCGCCCCUUUGACGUCUUUGAUUGGGCGUGGCCUAUCAGAAGUCUUUGUGAACUACACGCUGGAGCUAUGCACGAGACUAUGGCGCCAGGCAACGCAGAGCCCUGACCUGCCAGACAACGUGGUCAGCUUCGAGCGGAUGCCGCUCUUUUGCGUGCCCCGUACAAUCGAAAUCUCGGGACUCAUGCAAUUGUCCAGGACGAGCCUCGGGGACCUGCACGUGAUUUUGAACUUCAGGCAGAACGCCCAGCGCCCCCAGCACGGUUCGCGCGAUCAGCGGCAUCAGCGCACCGGAGCGGCGUGCGGAAGGUGGGAAGUUGCCGGACGACCCCACCCAAAUUUCCGCCUACAUUCCAGUCGACCAGAUCCACGUCAAUUCGCUAUCAGGAGCCCAAUGGGUAGUUGCUGCCUCAUGUUGGAACGUGUGGACCUGGCCGUCGUAGCUGCUUGCGCGCUGCUGCAACUCAUGUGUGCCAUCAAGUUCUGUCACAAAGCUUGGCCUUGGCGCUGGCGCAUCGCAAAGGCAGUUUGUGAGGUGCCGGGAUUCGCCAGAGGCGUCGUGAGUCAAUUUGUCCGAAAGCCCAGCGAUUCAGAGCGGGUCCUUCGCAAGCAGGUCUCCCAGUUGCAGUUGGAGUUUGCGCAGUCGUACUUCUCGGUGGCAGCAUGUACGUUGUGCCUUUCUCUCUCGGUUUUGCAGAGGAACGUCCUUACUGGCCAGCCUCCGCUCCUAUCACCCUUGGCUAUUUGGAAUGGGUUGCUGUUCAACUUUUUGCUUGCUGCAACUUGGCUGCCCUGCAUGGUGACGGUGCGCUCGCUGAACCUCUGGUACCUCAUUUCCCACGCCUAUGUGGCUGUCUGGCUUAGCCCCAGCGGAGUGGGGGCAACCCACGCCUUGGCUGCGCGGCUUUUCUGCCUGGUGACAAUACAGGUGCCGUGCUUGUUGUUUGUCCAGAGUUGGCUCAUGGCGUGCGUAGUUCACUUGGGCGUGGCCGUUAUUGUGGUGCUGCGGGCACUGCUCGCCGACGUGGAAGAUGCUGCCGACACCAUCUUCCAGCAUUCGGGCACCCUCAUCGGAGCCGAGUUCGUGAUGGUUGCUUGUGUAGGCAUCCUGGUCCGCUUCGUCUACAAUUCCUUCGAACAAAGAGUCGCAGCGCGACUUCGUGAAAACCACGUCUCCUCCCAACUGGAUGCUGCCACUGGCUUGCUGCAGCUGACCUGCGAGGCAGUGAUGGAGCUUGACGAUGACUUCAGGCUCACAGAGCAUUGCCCCAAGUUAGCUGCCAUGCUCCUGCGAGGCGGCUCUUCCACACAAGGCUUGCGGUUCUCUGAAUUCGUUGCAAGAGAUGAAGCCGCGAGAGCAGAAGAGAUUCUUCGGAAGGACUCUGGUUCCCACGAGUCCGGCUCCGUUGCCAAGGCGUUUCACACACAUUUGGUGGACAGUUGUGCCAGCAAGUUUCGCACUGAGGUUUUUCAAGUCAAGUACCAGCUUCCAAGUGGGCAGAGCCGCCAUCUCAUUGGCCUGCGUGACUUCACAGAUUUGCAGUCGCUGGCUGGAAACAAGGCAUCUGAUGCGAUUCACGACACGGAUGACAGAGAGCAGCUUGAACUCUACGACGGUCUCAGCAGUUUACGUGGGCAUUCCGAAUCUGCACAUGAGGCCAGUUUCCAUCCGCAAGCAAGCUACCCUUCUGAAGAUUCCAACAUGGACUCCGGGAGCCAUGGUGGCCGUAGGAUUGUGAAGCAAGCGGUUGCGCUGCGGAGCAAGAAUAUUUUCCUGGACUUGGAUGUUCAAGCCAUGCAGGUAUGUGCUGCUUCUGCCCCUUUGACGUCUUUGAUUGGGCGUGGCCUGUCAGAAGUCUUCGUGAACAACUACACGCUGGAGCUAUGCACGAGGCUGUGGCGCCAGGCAAAGCAGAGCCCUGACCUGCCAGACACCAUGGUGAGCUUCGAGCGCAUGCCGCUCUUUUGUGUGCCCCGCACCAUCGACAUUUCGGGGGUCAUGCAAUUGUCCAGGACGAGCCUCGGGGACCUGCACGUGAUUUUGAACUUCAGGCCCUGCGCGCUCGUACAACUUUGA